GAAAAUCACCCAGUUCCAGAUCUGUUGGAGACCAUCGUUUAGUAACCCACAUCAAAUAUCAGGUCUGCCUUCGAAAAGGUCACCGCUUCAACAUGUGGACGAUCAGGAGUGCUCUCCUGCUUCCCUCACUCCUCGCCGGAGUUCAAGGGGCGGCGAUAGAGGUGCCCCGAAGUGACUACGUAUCAAAGAUAGAAGUGAUUCGGAAUCCCGUAUACCCUCUCGAUGUCGUCGACCAGCUUGAAGAGGCGACCAUGCCCAAGGUCGACGAAUGGGUAGCUCAGAAGAUUGCUGCGAACACGAACAAUAACUGCACGUUAGAAAAUGCAGCUGUCAGGCGGGAAUGGAGUGACCUUUCCGAGGACCAGAGAAUCGAGUAUACGACUGCCGUCAAGUGCUUGAUGAACCUGCCCCCUACAGUAGACCCGGAGAGGUUCCCCGGUGCACUGAGCCGAUACGACGACUUUGUCGCGUUUCAUAUGACACAUGCCAUGCAGCUUCACGACAACUUCCACUUAUUUGGAGCUCAUAAAUACUAUGUCUGGCUGUUUGAGAAAGCUCUCCGAGAGGAGUGUGGAUACACCGGCUACCAGCCCUAUAUGAACUACGACCGCUACGCGGAAGACCCGUUCAACUCUCCACUGCUUAAUGGCAAUGCGUCUAGUCUAGGUGGUAACGGCGAGCCAGAGCCGCUGUACAAAGGUGUUCCGCAGCCCGGACGAACUCCCAACAUCAUAAAGUCCGGCGGUGGCGGCGGUUGUGUCACAGAGGGGCCAUUCUCAGACAUGGUCGUCAGUCUCGGACCAACCUCGAUGUCGAUGGGUGCUAAUCUCCCCAAAAACCCAAGAGCCGACGGGACGGGCAAGAAUCCUCGCUGUCUACGCCGCGACGUCAACCGCGAUGCGACUAUGGGAGCUAGGGCCGACCGCGCUUUCCAUCUGAUCAACAACAGCGCCGACAUCGAUUCCUUUUACAACGAGUUACUCGGGACCCCUCCUCCCAAAGACGACCCCUACCCCUGGGGAAUCCACACUGCAGGCCACUAUGUCGCCGCCGUCGACCCUGGCGGGGACCCAAUGACCUCCCCCGGCGACCCGCUCUUCUACUUCCACCAUACUUCGCUAGACCGUCUGUGGUGGAUUUGGCAGAUGCAAGACCCGGAGGCGCGCCUUAACGUUGUCCCUAGCGGUGGUAUGCCGAUGCCCAUGAAGUAUCGACGCGCGGAGGACCCUACGAAUGUCACGGUCGAUUUGGAAUGGCUUGGACCUCCGAUCAAGUUGUUGGAGACUCAUGACCAGCUGGGUGGAAAUGGUGGCUCGUUCUGCUAUGUUUAUGUUUAGUCUGGAUGGUCGCGUAGUGUGAACGUAGGUAGUUUACGAUUAGUUCGAUGUAUUGCUCAAAUCGUCACAGUCAUUGAAGUUAGAGAUUGUUAGCACUAAAUUGAUAUCGUUGUGUCAAUACCUAUCGGGUAUUCCGAGUUAAACCGCUAGAAUUAAUAAUACUACACAUGGAAAGACCGUGGAAUCAGGGAUGAUAAAAUGACAUUUAAGGUCGCGCUGGUAAGAUUCUCGGCC